CGCGAUGACCGCUCUGAGCCCGGGCGAGGCCGCCAAGGCGGGCAGUGUUCAACAGAUGCACGGAAAGACGGCUUCUUUGAAGAGCACGGAGAAACUAGGCAGGGUCCAGAGACCCGGAGGCUCCAGUCUGCACUGGCCAGAAGGCUUGAAGGGUGAAGACAUAAAGAAGUGCGGCCGAGAAGGGAUGCUACUCAGAAAAUACAACCAGCAAUAUCACAAGCUGUUUAAGGACAUCCCUUUGGAGGAGGUGGUUCUCAAAGUGUGCUCCUGCGCCCUCCAGAGGGACCUCCUUCUCCAGGGCCGGCUCUACAUCUCCCCCAACUGGCUCUGCUUCCAUGCCAGCCUCUUUGGCAAGGAUAUCAAGGUGGUCAUUCCCGUGGUGUCUGUGCAAAUGAUCAAAAAACACAAGAUGGCGCGGCUCCUUCCCAAUGGCCUGGCCAUCACCACCAACACCAGCCAGAAGUAUGUCUUUGUGUCACUGCUCUCCCGGGACAGUGUAUAUGACAUGCUGAGGAGGGUCUGCACCCACCUACAGCCUUCCAGCAAGAAGAGUCUGAGUGCAAGAGAAUUUCUAGAGGAACCUGAGUGCGAGUCUCUGGAAGUCCUCAUCCCUGAGAUGAAGUGGAGAAAAGUGUGCCCUGCCUCCAGGUCCCUGUCCCUCCCAGACAACAUCCCUUGUAUCCCUCGGGCAUCCAUGGACUCCACGGAUGACUUCUUCCCCUCCAGGAAGCCUCCGGGGUCUGGUGAGUUCAGCGGAAAGCCAAGAGCCCAAGCGGCUUCAGAGAAUACGGGUGGGGGAGUGGGCUGGGGUCCUGCCUUCUGCCCCAGGAAGAUGCCUAACGAUCCUGUUGCAGAGAAUGCAGACUGUGAGGAGGAGAAGCUGGAGGAGCAGCCCAAGAGCAACGGGGAGCUGAGGCUCUGGGAUCACGGGCUCCUGAAGGUCUUCUUCGUGCUGAUCUGCUUCUUGGUCAUGUCUUCGUCGUACCUGGCGUUCCGCAUCUCCCGGCUAGAACAGCAGUUAUGCUCCCUGAAUUGGGGUGGCUCAGUCCCUGGGCACAGGUGA